UGUAAUACGAGAUCCCUGGGGGUGAAAAAACAAAUUCUGAUGAAACAGACUCGGACGGUUUGGGUGUUUAUACGCUGCAUGUAAAUUGCGACGUUAGCUAGGUGAGAAUACUGUGGUUUAUUUCCUCCCAUAAGCCUUUGACCGUCUUGGCAGCGGUGGAGGAGGGGGGUUAGCACUCGGUAUUAGCAAAUAGUUGCGAUGUCUGUCGCACGUCCUCCUACGAGAUCGGCGUAUGUGGGGAAACGAGCGACUUAGCUAGUCAUGACUUAAAUUUUAUUCCCACAAAAUAGUGUAUUAGAUAGCCAACUAGUUUGGCUAGUUUUAUUUUUUUAUAUAUAUAUUUAAAAUGAGGCGCUACCUUCGCGUACUUCUCGUGUGUAUGAUUUUUGCGUUCUUUUCGGUAUUGUACGUGUUCAGCCAACUUGCCUCGUCCCUGGAAACGUCAAGCAUAGGGGCUGGGAGUGCCGCUCGGCCGAAAGCCGUCUUUCAGCCGAGGGACCUGGGACACAGAGCCAGGAAAGAGCCGGGAAAUGAAGGCCCGGAGAAUCAACAUUGGUACAACAGGUGUAAGAAUUUGUCAGUGACUUACUGGAAUCCCUAUUGGAGACUGCCCCCUGGUGUUUGUGGAUUGAACUGCUUUAUGGAUUCGGCUUUUAGGUACAUCAUGAGGAGGCGGGACCCGCCGGAGGGCGGGGCUGUGGCCGCGGCGCGGGAGGAGCGCAUGCACCUGGCCGUGGUCUCGUGCGGACAGAGGCUGGACGAGACGCUCACCAUGCUGAAGUCCGCCGUCCUCUUCGGCCGACGCCCCCUCCACUUCCACGUCUUCGCCGAAGACCAGCUGCACCGGGGCUUCAAAGAGGCCCUGGAGGUGUGGCCCGAGCCGUUCCGCUCCAGGUUCAACUACACGAUCUACCCAAUCACCUUCCCCCCGGAGAACGCCGCAGAGUGGAAGAGGCUGUUCAAGCCCUGCGCCUCCCAGAGACUCUUUCUACCGAUCAUCCUGAAGGAAGUGGACUCCCUGCUGUACGUGGACACGGACAUCCUGUUCCUGCGGCCGGUGGAGGACGUGUGGGCCUUCCUGGCGCGCUUCAACUCCACCCAGGCGGCCGCCAUGGCGCCCGAGCACGAGGACCCGCGCAUCGCCUGGUACAGCCGCUUCGCCCGCCACCCCUACCACGGCAAGACGGGCAUCAACUCGGGCGUCAUGCUCAUGAACAUGACCCGCAUCAGGGGCAAGCUCUUCAAGAAUGAUAUGACCUCUGUGGAGUUGUCAUGGGAAGAUUUGCUGAUGCCCCUUCUCCAGAAGUAUAAGCUGAAUAUUACCUGGGGGGACCAGGAUCUGCUGAACAUCAUCUUCCACCACAACCCAGAGAGCCUGUUCGUGUUCCCCUGCCAGUGGAACUUCCGGCCGGACCACUGCAUCUACGGGAGCAACUGCGUCCCGGCCGAGGAGGAGGGCGUCUUCGUUCUCCACGGAAACCGCGGCGUCUACCACGACGAGAAGCAGCCGGCGUUCAGGGCCAUGUACGACGCCAUCAACAAGUACUCGUUUGGAGCGGACCCCCUGCACACCCUGCUGUUGCCCCUGGAGCAGCAGCUCCUGAGCACCACCCACACGUACUGCGGGAGAGUCAGACACCUCUUCACCAAGAGACUGCGGCUCAGCGUCUCCAGCAUGAGCAGCGUCAGCACCGGCACGGCCAGAGGGAGCUGAUCUCUGCUUCCGUCCGCCCAGUGUCCCCGAGCUGCAGACAGCCAGCCAGAGCUACAGACGCUGAGUCUGAGGCUCCAAGCUACAGACACCCAGCCAGAGCUACAGACACCAAGUCUCAGCCUCGGGGCUACAGACACCAAGUCUCAACCUCCAAGCUACAGACACCCAGCGAGAUCUACAGACUCUGAGUCAAUCCUACGCUGGGUAUAAAUCUCACAGCUACAGACACAAACUGACUCAGCUCCACAAACGGACUGACAGUCUGACAGUUACGGACAGAAGACUUGGAACAGGCACUGAUAGACUGUCUGACAGACUUAGACGCUGACUAAAGCUUAGAGCUACAGACAGACUGACUGAGUCAUAGAACUACAGACACUGACUGAGCCUUAGAGCUACAGACACUGCCUGGCUGAGCCUUAUCACUACAGACAUUGACUGACUCAGCCUCAGAGUUACAGACACUGAGUCAGACCUACAGAGACUUUCCAGAGACCAAUGAAUAGAACCGCUCCUUACAGCUACAGGCACUGACGGGCUAAGUUCAGCAGGCAGAUGUACGGAAAUCACUGUGCAGCUCACGGACCUGGUCUGUGGUUUCUGUGUGGAGAUGUGACAAUCAUCCGUUCCAUGCCUUAAACCUUGGACUAAAAUGCCAGACAAUCGUCGGGUUACACUACAGGGAAGUAAAAACAGAAAAUCCGGAAAAAACUGGACUCCUACGGAUUUGUAAUCCCUCCUUUGUGUGUGUGCGUGUGUGUGUUCCAGCUAAAGAGCUUGGUAUGUGCACGUGGGUCAGUGCAAGCCUCCGAUUGGCUACGUAAUCCCUCUGCAGUGAUGACCACUUUGAUUUCACCAGGUCAUCACUUCAGAAGAUCACUGAAUCUUAGUCGACCUAACAGAUAAAAAUAAAGGCAAUAAACAAAUACAGUAUUUAGCAAUUGAGAAAUUGAAUAUUCAUAAUGAGUGUACGUGUGUGUGUCUUACCAGCCUGUGAAGGCCUUUUUGUUGUUUGUCAAUCUCGUAAGUAUCAGCCCUGAAUAGAGAACGUGGGUUAUUCGUGUUAGAGAGAGAAGUGUGAAUUAAAUCAUUUCAUAAGUCUCAUAAAUAUCACCACUUCCAGUGACUUGAUGAGUAUUGAUAGGUUUUAGGUGAUCCAUAAUGUUUGAAUGAGAGAAUUAAAUAUCCGUAUUUAUAUACCUUCAUAUGUGAUUUUUUUAGAAUUAAUCACCUGAACCUAAACCAUGAUUGUAUUUAUAAAAAAUGACAUUCAGUUAAUUUUAACAAUGAGAGAAAAGCGUUCAGCUCCUCUUUUGGGAUGGGUUGAUCUAAUUUUUAAUCUUCUCGGCUAUAUACUGGCACCAUUUGAGCCAUGUCAGAUUUCAGUUAGUCAAGUUAGUUUAUUUAAAAUGUUUACCUACAGGGUGAUGGAUGUUAACACUAACAGUAGGACAUUGGUCUGUUUUGCACUAAACAAAAAAAUGAAAAUAAGUUUAUAUACGAUAACCGUACUGAUUAGAAAUUGUUCGGUGUAUUGUUUGAAAUAUCGUUUGAUAACAUUUCAGAUUUGGAGUUUUUGAUUGGAAGGGGGGGAACUCCACUAUGUCGAGUGAAUGCAAUUAACCUUUUCGUCUACAGAAAUGUGAAUGAUGUCACUCUGGUGUUUUGUACAGCUGGAGUGUCCAUAUGUGCAUUGUGUUUAUGGAAAUUUAUAUGCGGUCAGGAAAGGAAAAUGUAAUUUUCUUUUGUCUUUGUGGGAUGAUGUGUUUGAAUAGCUAAAGCCAAAAAACGUGUUUUGCACUGUCAGUUGUACACACAGGGCCAAUGACCACGGUGGCCUUGGAAAAAAAAAAAAAAUCCAAUCACUGUUAACUAACCAUCUCAUUACCAGCAACGGAUAACUAAUCUGUAGUGUUGCGAUUGUUAUACCUCGAUGUACAGAUGUUCUAUAAUUAUUUACGUUAGUUACAUAAAAAAUUUAAGUUGGAAAUGUCUUAUGAAAAAAAAUAUUUUUAUAAUGAAGUGUAAAGUCACAUUUUAGAGAGAAUUUUUUCAUGUUUAUACUUUGAGACUUUUGUGGAUUGUAUGCUUGAGGGUCUCGAAAUAUAUGAAAUGAAUAAAAAUGACUUACGGAUUCACUGAAGUCUGUAAAGCCGAUUAAAAGGAGUGUCGUGCUCA